AGACAACCAAUGCGCAGCGGCGGCUUGUCAUCGUCAUAACGCUGUGGAGGUGACGGUUGGUAGUGGGGAGUGAGGGCGGUUGUUGGUGCCGGUUGGUUCCCGGUGUCCGUGGCUGCUGUCAGUUAUCAGCGUGAUGUGUUGAUGGCCCGUUGGCUAGUGGGGAAAUCAUUCGUGAAUCGCACCCUUUCACACAAGAGAGCGUGGUUUUGACCUGUUGUGGCGGUCUGAGUGUAAAGAGACGUGCUUAACAUGUUGCCUCGGCACCCAGGGACUUUUGUUUCCCAUUUAAAAUGUACGUUUACUCCUGUGGUCAAAGCCCAAGGUGCAUCGAGGCUUCUGCCAUGUGCCUUUGCUCCGUGGUCUUGCACCUCGUCGAAAUUUUUAACGUUAAGUGUGGGGAGACAGCACGAUGGCAACAAGAGGGAUUCGCCGAGUACUCAUCGAGAAAGAGCUACCCGCAGGGGUGCAACUGGUACUUCGUUUUCUUUAUUUACUGCAGGGGCUGCCAGAAAAAGAGCAGAGUUAGCAAAAAGCAAACUUGGCAACAAACUGAUUGAUGUUCCAAAGGAAGCGAACACUCCAAAAACGCCAAUACCAAUAAAACCUUUGAGUAUAGAUGAUUGGAAGAAAAUGAAAGCCGAAGCGUACAACAAAACUCGUUUUGAAGUAAGCAUGAUGGAAAAACUACUGUCUAAUCAUGCGGAUAUUGACAUAGCUAAGUCACUUUUAGUUUAUGUGACAAUGGAAACUGGUACUGUUGGGUAUGAACUCCUUUUGAAAUAUUUAGCACUGUGUGUCCAAGGGCAUCAUCUAAAUGAGGUACUUGAUUUAUAUGCCAUUAUGAAAACAAAAUUUGAAACAUUGGAUACUGGUGCUUACAGCCUCUUCAUCAGUGGUUUUAGCAAGACAGAUCGUUGGAAGGAGGCAGUGAUAUUUUUGGAUUCAAUCAAAAAGAUGAUUAAUCCAUCACCAAGAAAUUAUGGUGAUGUUAUUAUUUCUGCACUUCAGCACAAAGAAGUAGAAACUGCUUGGAGAUUACUUAACGAGAUGGAAGACAGAAACCUAAAACCAAAUGAAGAUACAUUACAAGCAUUUUUUGAUUGUGGUAAAUCAUCUUGUGAUGAACAGUAUGAAAAUAUGAUGAUGAAUAUCCUUUCUUACCUGAGAGACAAUCAGAUAUAUCCUGGGGAAAGUUUAAUGCGCAGUAUCCAGUCAUGGUUUGAGAGCCUUCCAGGUAAGAGAUGGGAAGGACACAGAACAACUAUUGUACACAGUGGGGAAUGCCACAUAUGCAAAACAUUGCUGGAAUCCAUUCAGCUAAAUGAAGAAGAGUACAAUAUAUUGAAAGAAUGUGUGAUGAAUGAUGUUAUACAAGGAAAAGAUGUUUUUAAGAAGACAACUCCUAUGGAAUUGCAACAUUUCCAGUCCUUUGUGAAAAAUCGUUUGCCAUUUGAUGUUGUAAUUGAUGGAUUAAAUGUUGCCAACAUCUCAGCUAAGGACAUACAGUCCAAAAUUCUCCUUGAGGUAGUUUCUCAUCUUGCCCAACAAAACUUGCGUCUCCUUGUCCUUGGGCGCCAGCACAUGUUGAGAGGAACACGCAGCUGGGACAAAGGCCAUAUGACUGCCAUACAGAAAUAUGCUGACUGUUUCUUUACCUCAAAUAUAUCAGAAGAUGACCCUUUUCUCUUAUAUGCAACAAUACUUUCAGGCAAUCAUUGUAAAUUCCUUAGUAGAGACCUCAUGCGGGAUCAUAAAGCUUGUUUGUCUGACAAAAACACCCGACGUUUGUUCUUCAAGUGGCAACGUGGACACCAGCUUGUGCUGUCGGGUUACAAUCCAGGGCGCAAGAUGAAAUUUGAGGUCAUACCAAAGUAUGACACAAUAGUACAGUCAACAAAAAAUACUUGGCACAUACCAUAUGAAGAAGAAGGAAUGGAGAGAUGCUCCUAUGAAGUGCCAUGUAAAUGGUUGUGUCUUCAAAAACGUAACUGAAGAAACAGUAGUUGGAGGUAUUGCAAGAAUGUUGUAGUUUUUGUUCUUAAAGAAUCAGUUUAUGUUUAGAACUUUUUCUUUAGCCACCUUAAUGUUUUGUUUCUUAAUUUUAUCUUAUUCGCCUUUUCUUCAAGAAAUAUGACAGCACCAUGACAAUGUAGUGGCUUAUUGUUGUGCCUGCCAAUUCACUCUGGAUGAGUUAACUUGGUACAAUUGAAGGCUCAGAACUUAUUAUUCUAUUGUUUUAUUGAUCAGUCUUUGGCGGAACUUGGACACCAUGAAUAAGACAUUCAAUAAUGUAAACAAAAAAAUAAAAUGGUGUUCAAGAGCACCACAAAGUCCCUAUGAUGUAAGUCAUCCUGUAGAUAUAUAAAAUAUGUAACUUCAGUCUAUUCAACCAAUUGCAUUCAAAGUGGUGUUCUUCUGUGCCUUGUGAGAAAACAAUGAAUGCUUUGUUGAUUUUUUACAAAAUGUUUCACUCUUUUAAAAAGAUAUAUUUUCAUUUUUGAAUAACUAAUCACGAUAUUAUUGAUUCUCUCAUUAACAAUGGAAAAUUUAAGCAUACUGUUUCUUUAAGUAGCCUUCUGACCAAAUGAUUAUUUUUCAUGUUAUGUCAGAAUUAUCUGGUCAAUAUCAUAUACAAUGAGAGGAUGCAAACCACAAACCAUGUUACAAAUACAUCUGUGUUUGAAUUUAAAUUCCCAUAUUUCAGGAUUGCAGUGAUACUGAAAGAAGUAAUAUAUCAAUUAUCAUGGAAAUAGUUCAAAAUGUUUUAGUAAUGUGUUAAUACUCGGGUCCAUAAAUAAUUGAUUUUGUGAGUUUAACAUUUACUGCUGCAUACAUUUAUUAUUCAAAUCAAAUAAAAUAAACAAUAUCUCUGUCUGCG